AUGCCAUCAAGCGUCGCCUACGUCUUGGGGACAGAAAGCUGUGGAAAGACAGACCUCGUCCACCAGCUGGAGUAUCUCACUCAGGGGCUUGUGCGCACGGUGCCGACUGCCUGUACGCCGACGACGGGGCAGGAAGUGACGGAGCUCAGUAUCCGCUCCCCCGCUGGCAAAGGGAAGGUCACAAUCGAGGUGCGGGAGCUGGGAGGGUCUCUGGUGAACACCUGGGAGAGCUUUAUUGAGUCUCGAAAGGCCAAGGACGACGGCAGCGGUGACACAGCGUUUCUUCUGAUCUACGUCGUCGACGGAGUGGCUCCUCACCAGCUGCCGUUGGCUUCCACCAUGUUCCGUUAUCUCACGCAGGGCCGCCAUGCACCCUGCGCAGGAUGGCCAACGCUCAUCGCCGUGCAGAAAUGCGCCAGUGUAAACGCCGUCACGGCAGAGGAAGUGCGGAGCUUCUUCCUAGACGAGGCGGAAGCGCCGGUAAAUGUCGACGUGGUUGAGGUAGACUCGUGGAAUGGUAUCGGAGCAGGGGACGUGCUCAGAGGGAUCGAGGCAGUUUUUGGUGGCCUUCAGUAG